GAGCGCUCAGUGAGCGGUUGUAGUACUGAAUGCAUUCAAUAAAUGAUACACAUCGAAAUUAUUGAGAUCUACCGAAGCCAAGAGAUAAAAGAGGAAGAAAUAGAGCUUGUUAACCUAACAAGUAACAUUUAUUAAACAUGUUUUAAAAUAUUAAACAUUCAAAACGGAACACAUUUUUCGUGGAAUUCUGCAAUUUUCAUGACAAAAAUGGAAUCUAUCGAAAAUUGUAAUAACAAGUCAAAUGCUUCACGAGAAGACAAUAUUGAAGAAACAGAAGACAAUGUAUCACCACCACUACCAUCAAGACUUAUAACUGGAUUUGACACAUUUGAUGAAUAUCUUCAAGAAGCACAUGAUGCAAUAAAAGCUGGAAUUAAGGCAGCUAAUAAUCUGCCUACUGGAGAAAAUUACAACUAUUAUGCAUUCUUCCCAAGUUUCAAAAAUACUAAGGACAAUGAUGUAAAAAGAAUAAUGACUACAAUGCAGACCAUCAUGAAAUUAGCAGGUGGCUCCCACAAUAUUAAACAUCGAGAUAUCGAAGAAAAGUUUGAUUUCUUGAUGGAGACCAAUGAUUUACUACUUGAUCAAGCAAAUGUAUGGAUGGAUGAAGAAAGUGGUAUUCUACAGAAUCCAGAGGUACAAUUACUUGUGUCAAAAGUACAGAAACCAACUGUAAAUGGCAGUUGGAAUAUAAAGAAGGACAGUAACAUUUCAGAUAAUUCUCAAAGUAUACGUUUGCUGGGUGGAAAAAAUGUAAGAAAACCACAAUUAAUGUUCAAAGACAAAAUUAACAAUAGCUUUAAACCUUGGAUGCCACGGAUUAAAGAAAAACCAAACUCUUUGAAACCACUUGCUCUCUACUUAGAAGAAGGAGAGAAUGGUGAGAUCUUCAGUCAUCCUUAUGGAUUUGAGCUGAAUAAAUUUGAGAUGCCAGAAUGUCAGUUGAAAAAAAGUAUACCAGUGAAAUACAAAUCUUUGGACAAUACACAAUUUAUAUAUAUCAGUACACCAUCUGACAUCAAGAUUAUUUUGGAUGAUUUGAAGCGUUAUAAUGAAAUAGCUGUGGACUUGGAACAUCAUUCUUACAGAUCAUUUCAAGGCGUAACUUGCUUGAUGCAAAUAUCAACAGUGGAUACUGAUUAUUUGAUUGAUACUUUAAUCCUGCGAUCAGAAUUGCAUCAACUCAAUGAAAUCUUCACCAAGCCUACAAUCUUGAAAGUGUUUCAUGGUGCUGACUUUGACAUUCAAUGGCUUCAGAGAGAUCUGUCACUAUAUGUAGUAAACAUGUUUGACACUCAUCAAGCAGCAAAACAACUGAACUUUCCUUAUCUCAGUUUAGCUUUCCUGCUGAAGAAAUAUUGUAAUAUAAAUCCUAACAAGCACUUUCAGUUGGCCGAUUGGCGUAUACGACCAUUACCGGAAGAAUUGAUGAAAUAUGCAAGAGAAGAUACCCAUUAUCUGCUUCAUAUAAAGGAUAUGUUGAAGAAUGAACUGAUUGAGUUGGCUAAUGGACAGAGUAACAUCCUGAAAGCUGUAUACGAUAUGUCCACAGACAUCUGUAAACGAACGUACGUUAAACCAAUUUGGACGGAGGAGAGUUGUAUGAACACGUACAGGAAGAGCCAGAAGAUGUUCAAUAACAAGCAAUUGUAUGCGUUCAAAGAGUUACACAAAUGGAGAGACCUCACUGCGAGAGAGGAGGACGAUAGUAUCAAUUACGUAUUACCGAAUCACAUGUUGCUCAAUAUAGCGGAGACACUGCCGCGUGAGAUGCAAGGUAUUUUGGCGUGUUGCAAUCCUAUACCGCCGCUUGUGCGAAAGAAUCUAUUAAUGUUGCACAAGAUAGUACUAAAAGCUAGGGAGCAGCCACUUGUGAAGACUAUUCCACAAGAGGAUUUCCGGCAAAGGCUGACGCAACGAACUCAAAUAGUAGAUUCGGACGUCUGGAUACAUUUAUCACACGAUAUACCAAAAGACACUGAAACGAGGGCAGACUUACCGUGUCUUUUAGAUAAGAUUGACUCGGCGCAGCUUGCGUUAAACACGAAAAUCGCAGUAAAACAUGCUGUGACAGUAUUUGACACGUCAGAAGAUGAAGAAGUAGAAACUGUCAAGAAACCCAAAUUCAUGAGUCCCUUCCAGAGAUAUAAAUGCGUAAUACCAAUGAUAGUUGAGUUAGAAGCGAAGGAGCGAGAAAGACAGAAAGAAGAAGAAGCGAAACGUCUAAAUGAAACAGUUACAAAAAAGAACUUGAAACAAACCGAGAUUGACGAAAGUAAAAGUAGAGUAUACGAACAUUUUAAGCACGUAUCUCACUCAUCAAGCGAAGUUCAGGAUGAAGUUCAGGGUGAAAUUCAAGGUGGAGUUCAGAGUGGAGUUCAAAAUACAUCUAAGAAAAAUAAGAAAAACAAGAAGAAAAAAUCGAUGGUAAUAUUAGGUGAGAUGCACGGUAAGAAAAGAAAGAGAGAAUCCGACAUUACAAGGGAAAAUACGAGUCAAAAGCAAAAUGAUAACUUUUGUACACCUAUGCCAUCUUUGGAUACUAGAAUCAUACACAUAUCUAAAAAAGCAAAGCGGGAAAUGCAACGUACAAUCGAAGAGCGAAAAGUACAGGAGAAUUUCGCGCAAUUUCGAGGUGUUACAAAUGUCCCGAGUAAUUCGAUAAGUUCCAAAGCAAAAAAAAAAGCUGAAAAGAAAGCGAAUAAAAAGUUAUUAAAGGAACAGGGUAUGUUACCAUCACAAAAAUUCAAUUACAAGGAGGUUGACUUUAGUAGCUUUCAAGGUGGCAGUAUGCAGAAUAAUAUUACACAAACACAGUUUCAGCAACCAAAGCAAAAGAAAAUAAAACAUCAAAACAUGAAGAAGCAGUUCAAAUUGAACAUAUAACACAAUAAUCCUGGUUUAUCAUAAUGUUAUUUUCGAAAAAGUCAUAGUGUUUCCGUUAAUUCAGUACUGAUUGGAAUGUGCCACUGACAAGUUAAUUUUAUCGUAUUUUUUAAAAUGUUUUGGAGAAUCAGAGUUUGUAAAUAUCCAGAGCUAAAGAUUAAAUAUUUUCCAGGUAC